AUGCUUUUUGUGGUGUUUGUAACUUGUAGUAAAACAAGUAGAAUUCAACAAAAAAUUAAGGAAUUGGAAAAAGAAGAAAAUUAUCUUUUGAAGGAAUUGAACGUUAUCAUAAAUAAAAACGUGGACUUCUUGGAGAAAGUAAACGAUUCGGAGGCAGUACUUGGUGUUCAUUACUUGAGAGACCUUCAAAAGCAAAUAAAAGAUCUUAAUAGUUCCGAUAUUAGGGACAUCGAAAUCACUCAUUCAGAACAAUUCAAUGACACGAGUAAUACUUUUCGCCGCAAAGCAAAAAAAAAACCUCAUCAUGACUUUAUGUUAGACUUAGAAAAAAUUCUGAAACCUAAACAUGUGUCGGAGAAAAAACUAAAACAAAUGAUCGACAACCGUGACGUAAUAAAAAAGAAGUUAGACGAUUGGAUCUUAGAAAGAGAAAAAGAAAAGGAGCGGAUAAGGAAGUAUAGGAUGCAGACUAAGUAUCUUCUGCGUGCAGGCAAAGUGGAGAAAUGUCCCAGGUUCGGCUUUUCAGGAAAGAAGAAAAAGCGAGAUGAUGACGAUUAUACCAGUUGCAAGAAGAAGUAUAAAGACAGGUAUGACAAGCAUUGCGAUCCGAAUAGAAAAAAGGUGCCGAAGCCUCCGAAGACGCCUUCAAGCGGUAAAAAAAUGUAUCCGUGCUGUAGGAAGUGCUGCAAGAAGUCCUAUAUGGGGUGUCUUUAA